UUCUCUGUGGCCAAACAGCUCACACUUCAGAUUUCUUUGCUGCGAGGCACAGGAGUCAAAGCGCUCACUUGUUGCCAAAGAGCGAGCUUACAAGGCAAUAAUAGGCCACUUAUAUCGUCUUCUCCGCCCACUGGAACCCGCGACAGUGCCCGUACCGUACGCUCAUCCUGUGUUCGCCACUCUCAGAUAUUGUUGAAGGACUUCCUAUUCUGUUCCGUUAGCUGCAGACGGAGCCCUUGCGAGCUAAUGUGAGGCGAUUUGAAGAGCAGAGGACGGCGGUGGUGGACUUGCAUGCUUCCUCGACUGUUAUAAUAGUUUGGGGCUUUCUCUGAUUUUUUUGUUACGGUGACACACGGGCGACCUCAAAGGAGAGCUUUAGAGCGAGGGACAGUUUCGUGCGCACCUUGGCUGGUUCUGACCAAAAUAAAGAAAUAGGAAAAGAUGGACACAACUCCAAUUCCCGUGUUGACCGUCCAGACGAACCCUUACGAUGACCAGAGACCCGGUGCAAGCGGGCUGAGGAAAAAAACAGCGGUGUUCGAGAGCAAGAGAAACUACCUGCAAAACUACAUCCAGAGCGUACUGUCCUCCAUCGACCUGCGAGACCGACAGGGCUGUACCAUGGUGGUGGGCAGUGACGGCAGGUACUUCAGUCGGACCGCUACCGAGAUCGUCGUCCAAAUGGCCGCUGCUAACGGGAUCGGCCGGCUGGUUAUCGGACACAACGGCAUCCUGUCCACCCCGGCCGUGUCCUGCAUCAUCCGCAAGAUCAAGGCGAUCGGCGGCAUCGUCCUCACCGCCAGCCACAACCCUGGCGGGCCCGGCGGUGACUUCGGCAUCAAGUUCAACGUGGCCAAUGGAGGCCCAUCUCCGGACACUGUUAUGGAUCGGAUCCAUCAGGUCAGCCGGACACUGGAGGAGUUUGCCAUCUGCCCGGACCUCCGCAUCGACCUGUCCAGGCUUGGCCGCCAGGAGUUCGACCUGGAGAACAAGUUCAAACCCUUCAGAGUGGAGAUAGUGGACUCCGUGGAGGUGUACCUGAACAUGCUACGUGGGCUCUUCGAUUUCGGGGCCAUCAAGGGACUGCUGACCGGUCCGGAUCAGCUGAAAAUCCGGAUGGACGCCAUGCAUGGGGUGAUGGGGCCCUACGUCAGGAGGAUCCUGUGUGACGAGCUGGGGGCCCCCGCCAACUCCGCCGUCAACUGUGUGCCCCUGGAGGACUUUGGGGGCCAGCACCCCAACCCCACCCUGACCCACGCCACUGGUCUGGUGGAGUCCAUGAAGGGCGGAGACUUUGGCCUGGGUGCUGCAUUCGACGCGGACGGGGACCGGUACAUGAUCCUUGGUCAGAACGGAUUCUUUGUGAGCCCGUCUGACUCUGUGGCAGUACUGGCCGCCAACCUCUCCUGCAUCCCGCACUUCAGACAGACGGGGCUGCGCGGCUUGGCCAGGAGCAUGCCCACCAGCACCGCCCUCGACAGGGUGGCCAAGGCCCUGAAGGUGGCGCUGUACGAGACGCCCACCGGCUGGAGGUUCUUUGGCAACCUGAUGGAUUCUGGGAGAUGUUCGCUGUGUGGCGAGGAGAGCUUCGGAACAGGUUCGGACCACGUGCGGGAGAAGGAUGGGCUCUGGUCUGUGUUGGCGUGGCUGUCUGUAAUGGCGGUGAGGAAGCAGAGUGUGGAGGAGAUUGUCCGGGAGCACUGGGCCAAGAUGGGCCGCAACUACUUCUGCAGGUUUGAUUACGAGGGCGUUGACCCCAGAGCAGCGUUCUACCUGAUGAGGGAUCUGGAGGGUGUGAUCCAGGACAAGGCCUUCCUCACGCAGAAGUUCGCCGUGGGCAACAACGUGUACAGCGUGGAGAAGGCCGACAACUUUGAGUACAUCGACCCCGUGGACGGGUCUGUGACCCGCAACCAGGGUCUGCGGAUCAUCUUCACGGACGCGUCGCGGCUCAUCUUCAGGCUGAGCGGGACCAGCGGGGGGGCAGGAGCCACCAUCCGAAUCUACGCAGAGAGCUACGAGAGAGACCCUGAGAGACAGAACCGAGAGACACAGGUGGUCCUGGGACCCCUCAUCGCCAUCGCGCUGAAGAUCUCUGAUAUCCACGAGCGGACAGGCCGCCGCGGCCCCAACGUCAUCACCUGAACAGGGCCAGCACCUCGCACCCGGGGCCAAAAAACAGAACCCAGUCUCCACCUGUAUCUACACCCAUCUCUCCAUCCAAACCUACACCUGUCACCCCCUGCAUCUACAUCUGCUUCUAUACCUCUCUCAACCUGCUCCACCAGUCUCUACCUCCAUCUACACCCAUUUCAAUCUGCUUCUACAUCUAUGUCAACCUUCAUUUGCCUGAAUCUAUACUUGCUUCUUCACCUGUGUCUACCCCUACAUUCUCUACCUGUUUUCAACUCCUGCCCCUGUACUGGUAUCGGCACCAUCUCUCACUCCUCUCCCAUAUACACCUGUCUGUAUGCUGGUUAAACCACUCUCAGCUAGUGCCUGACUUUUCAUUAAUGCACCCAUGACACCUUUGCAACAUUAUCUCCUCGCAAUGUUGUCAGAGCAUCAGCAGGUCUUCCUGUGUGCUAUUUCACUCUGUGACCAUAUCGCCCCCUACUGGUCACACCCCUCUUUCAAAAACAGAAAAGGAUGACGGGCGUAAAUAUUCUCCAAAAUGUUGUCAAUGCAUUGAGCCAUAUGCUUGGAACAAUGUUUGCGUAUGUGUAAUGAUGGGCAAAGAACUAUUGCUUUGUCUGAUAGUAUUUUUUUUUGUUGUUGUUUUUUUUUGCGGAACCUUGUCCAGAUGAUGUGCCUUUAGAAAUAUUGAAAUAUUGCGAUAUUUACCCCCUUGAGCUGACUGUAGCCAGGCAUAUCACAGUAAAGAUAGGAUGAAAAGGGAGUUAUGUCUGUACAUUUUCUAUACUGCAAAGAUAACUGAAACAGACAAGCAUGAGAAAACCACAUCAAAGUCAAUAAUAUGAAAAAUGGAUAAAUGUAACUUACCCAAGAAAACACAUGGCACUCUAUUAGAAUAUUGAGUGAGUGAGUGAGUGAGUGAGUGAGUGUGUGAGUGAGUGAGUGAGUGUGUGAGUGAGUGAGUAUGUGAGUGUGUGAGUGAGUGAGUGAGUGAGUAUGUGAGUGUGUGAGUGAGUGAGUGAGUGUGUGAGUGAGUGAGUGAGUGAGUGAGUAUGUGAGUGAUUGAGUGAGUGAGCGAGCUAUAAACAAGGUUGCUGCGCUCCUCUUGUGUUCUUAUCAGCAGUGCUCUCUGCUGAGACAGAUUUGUCACAGUUUAUGAUACAAUCACAUAAAAAGCAUGCCUAUGCACUGAAAUUUGUUUAUAGCCAUACAAAUAUCACACAGAUCUAUCCAGUUCUUUAAGAGAGCAUCACCUGCACUUAGAGUAGUCCACACUGAUAAGGAUUUCUCACCUUUACCUGUAAUUUCCACAUAUAAAGGCAUACUGACAUCUUAUGCAAGUUCCUGCCCUGAGACUGUUGACUGUCAUAAUAUGCUGUGCUGAACUUUCUUCAUUGUUUCAGUGAGUCAGUGCUUCUAUGACCUGGAAUUAUGAUUCAUAUGAGAAUAUUCCUGCUAGAAAUUGGACAAGAGUUCAACCUCUGUCAACAUACACACACACACACACACACACACACACACACACACAAGCAUACACACAUAAAGUGCCUUGUGGAUACUGUGUUUCUGUGAGCUUCAGUAGUAGUAGAACGGCAGACCCCAGUGAUGGUCGGGACUCCGACAGAUGGACACAUACCAGUCGACUGUGGGCUCAUUCCACUCAUCACUUAUUUAUUUCCACCUUUUACCUUUCCUUGCUCCUGACCUGAAAAUCCAUCAGGCUCCAUCAUCUUUAAGGACAUUCCAUCCUCUUAAAUGUUAGAAGUAGAGGUUAGGAACUCCCAAUCUUUCCUUUGAGCAAGAAAACGUCAGCGCAUCCUUUGUGGAAGUAUUUUUCCGGAAGGCCUGAUGUAUAAAUCAUCGGCCUCUGGAGCUGACGUGGCUUUGAACUGACUUUUGAUGGAGCAAGGGAAUUCCAUUUGCCCAUCUUUACUUCUUUUUCUUUAAUCUUUUCCUAGCCUUUCCCGAUGGGUGGAGCAUGGGCCAAGAAAGGGAGACAAGAAAAGGAAAAAGAGGAGAAAUAUAAAAGAUUGGAAUGAUUCCUCUGUCUCCGGGGGUAUAAGGCCUUUGGUCAUAUGCUGUUCCCUUCUUCAUCUCUCAUUAGCACCCCCUCUGGUCAGUGAGGGCGCCUGCAGUCCGCGGCACCAGCUCAGUUAGAAACACGGGCCUUAGGGAAGUAUCUGCACUGCACAUUGACAAAGAAGCGUGCAGAGAGGGUGGCUGCUUCUUAAAUGAUCUGCCAUGGCUACAUGACUGGGAAUUUCUAACUGCGGGAAUAAAAAUUUAGUAAAGAAUUUUUGAGAGGUAAUUCUUUUGGAUGCUUCCAGCCAGUAACUAACUGUUUUAAAACAUAUUUUAAAUGGGUAACCCCCUUAGACACCAGUAACAGUUCUGCAGACCACUGACAGAGUUGCAUCCAGUUGAAGUAUCAUAAAUAUGUAUUUUGUUUGCCUAUGCAUUUUUGCAGUACACGCCUUGUGCGUGUGUUCAAAUCACAGACCACUUGUCAUAAAAAGCACUGAACUAAAAGAACCAGUCACUCUAAUUCUGCUCUCUGACUUGCCAUUGGGUAACAAAACUAUCAGUGGCAGAUGUUUUUAAAUUACAGAGGACCUUUUUUUCAUGAAGGAUUUUAAUCAAUGCUAUGCAAUCACAGAAACGACAAACAGAUGGAAGUAUGAGGUUUUGUUCAAAAGUAUGGAUUGAAAGGAAGGGGUUUUCAGUGCACAGCUAAAAUCCCCAGAUUCCUCCCUGGUGAUUUGGAAGAAAUUUUUCUUCAGCUGUAUUUAAAUUUUUAAAUAAACAAUGUUUUGUGUGAAA